AUGUCCGAUGCAAGUACGAAUGGCAAGCGCCGUCGCAAGGACUGCGAUGACGAAGCUCGCAAAAAGUUGCGUUGUUUAACAGGCGCUGGAACGCCCGUUGAAUCAAAACCAGUCACAGUCAUUGUCGGAAGCAACAAAGUCGAAUUCUUCGUGCAUGAGUCGCAUCUUCGUGCAAGCUCAGAUUUCUUCGACACACUCAUGGAUGGGCCCUGGAAAGACAGUGCAACAAGGACUAUCAGUCUACUUAAUCUUCAUCACCAGCCUUUUAGGAUUUAUGCCAAGUGGCUUUAUAGUGGUCGAUUUUAUGUAAAACAUACCUUUGACGACGACGAUGACGACGACGAAGAGAUGAAUGCGUUCACCAUCACUGAGGUCGACAUGCUUCGAGAAUGCUACGAGCUAGCCGGUUUCAUUCAAGACAGCGAUUUCAGAGAUGCGCUGCUCGACGCCUUCAUUCAACACAUGAUUACGCAGAAUUGUGAUUCAUGCCUGCUUGGAGGAACGAUCUAUGAUAACUGUGCUGCAUCAUCGCCCCAUCGGCAGUUUAUUGUCGACUUCACCAUUAAGUUUUGGCAUGGUACAGAUUUGGAGGACCUCUCCAACGAGGGACUUUUUCCACGUGAAUUUGUCAAUGACUUGCUUAUGGAAAUGUUCUCACGCCUUAGGCGCAGGGAGCAUUGGACAUCUAUCAGGACGUACUUCAAGGAUCUCGACAUUUGCAAGUACCACGAGCACUCCAUGAAGAAUGAGCCCUGCUACAAGACGAAGCAAAAGGGCCUUUUCUGA